GAAGUUCGAAGUUGGAAGUAGGAACUAACGGAUUGAUCAAGCGACCGAAGUACGAUACAAUUGCAACUUCUCCCUAGUUGAAGUGUGACUUCAUCUUACUUAUCAUUUUCCAACGGGAAAAUUUCUUCAUUCAAAAGUAUCUCUCUUUUACCCGCUUUCUCUUCCAAAUUCCAAUUCAUUCCCCCUUCUGUAAAUUCAAUGUUUAAUUAAUCCACUAAAAUGGGGAUUCACAAUAAUUCCCUUUCUCAAUCUCGUCAACCUAACAAUCAACAACCUGUAAUCACCGCCGUUGAUGACAACUCUUCUCUUACCCGCCGACAACCGUCUGAUUUUUCAUCAAAAACCCAAAUCAAUGGUUCUAAAUUAUCCCGGAAAAUCAAGAAACGGUCUCAUGAUGAAGCCUCCUCUGCGUCAUCGUCUUCUUCAAUUCAACGAGGAAUUCGGAUUGCCCAUAAACGUAGAAACCCUAGAUUUUGCGUGAGAAGAAGUUCUUAUGAUGUUGAAGCUAUUGCUUUUCCUCUUGGGAUGUCUAUUGCUGCUGUUUUGGCUCAGAUUUUGGAGAAGGACUUGACUUCUGAAAAUGCUGCCAUUGAUCAACUUGCAACAAUUUGCUCUUCAGCGGUGCGGGAAUCUUUAACCAAUGUAUUUGGCGACAAGUUUGAAGCAUUUGCCAGGAAUUUUGAAAAAUCAUUCGGGAGUACCCUUAGCACUCUUAGAUUAAUAAAAAAAUCAUCUAUAGACAGUAUAGAAGACGAUCAAAAAAGGAAUAAAAGUGUCGGUGAUUGUAUUUCUGAUGCAAUUCAAACCUCUGCUUCAAACAGCGGAGAAUGUUCUACGAGAAUUUAUGAUAUCAUUGGUGCUAACACCGAAUCAAUAAGCCAUGAGUUCGAGACUUGUCUAAACACGAGUAGGGUUGACGAGGUGAAAGAUAGAUUGCCAUUGGAUUCUAGGAAUUGGGAGCUUCCCUUGCACGGGCAUACGAGCUCACAAAUCGUUGUUCCAAACAAGCGGAAUUUUUCAGGCAAUCAUUUGGUGGCCACUACGUUGGAAAAAUCCGUUGUUGAGCAGACUCGUGCAAACAACCUUAAAAGUGUGGAGAUAGGACUGAUGAUGAAAAAGUUGCAGCUAAAGGAAACUCAGCUGGCUCUUAAGUCUGAUUUAAAUUUCUUGGAGAGAUGUAAAUUAUCUCUCGGAAUUUCAAGAACUUCCUUCAAAGCGGAGAAGUUUAAGAAUCAUCUAGAAGAGACAAGACAUAGUGAGCUUCUUAAAGUGUGUGCGGACUUUCUUGUUGCCGAUUUGCUUAUAAUGUCUAGCUGCCUUGGUUAUGGCGUAUAUGCGUUUUCUUAUGACAAUCUUCGUCAACUUACAAGAUCGUGCUCUGCUUCGGAGGUAUCCAAAUCCUGGUGGAUCCCAAAACCCAUGGCAUCUUUUAACUCAGGGCUGCAAUCAUUAAAUUGCCAAAUUCAAGUCUACAGCCGGAUGUUGUUUGGUUUGUUCAUGAUUUUAGCCAUUGCUUAUGUGCUUAUCCAACGCUCUACAAUGUCGAAACAAGCCAUGCCAAUCACAUUCUUAAUACUACUCUUAGGUAUCGGUUGUGGCUUUGCGGGAAAGCUUUGUGUAGACACAUUAGGAGGCGAUGGAUAUCACUGGCUCAUGUAUUGGGAAGUUUUGUGCAUAUUGCACUUCUUCAUCAAUGUUUUUACGCCUUUCCUCUUUUACGUUCUUAAUGGAGCCAUUCAAGUAGCUCAAGAGAAAAAAAGCCGCCCAUUAAUUCCGUUUUGGAUGAGACGGUGGUUGUUUUAUAUAAUUCUUAUCGUAAUUCCGCUUUGUUGCGGUCUUUUGCCUUUCGCGAGUCCGAGAACUUGGUGGGAAGAUCAUUUCUUGAAGUUGAUCCAAAAUCAUCUUUUACCCGCUUACGAUGAAACAUAUGAAACUCAUGGUGCUGCUAUUAGUUUUCACGAAUGAAGAAUUGAUUAUUUGUGUUGUGUCAUAUGUAUGUUUAAGCAUAAUGUAUUGUAAACACUAAUAAAAGCUUGGUUGUUUUGAUCAAUGUUUUUCAAUAUAUGAAAGUUUUUGUCUUUUUAAGUUGUGUUAGGAAGCAAAACUAGAACUAUAUACCAAAAUUGAAACUAUCAAAGACCAAGUAUGACAUGCGCAAGCUAUCAUCAAAAGCGAUAAUAUGUGAUAUUGAAGAAUGGGUGUGCGAGAAUUAUGGAUUGAUGUAGUGAUAGUAACUUUUUUUUUGUUGACUUUGUGUAAGAGAAUUGGUUCUUGUCUGAAAUAAAAGCUAUUAAGGUCUUACACAAGUGAAGAACAAGAUAGAAAACGCACAAAAA